AAGACAAGCCAAACAAUAAUAACCUUAUCUUCUCUGUUUCACUCGGAGCUUUGCAUUACUCGAACCAGAUUCGAAAAUGUCUGCUGCUUCAUCAUCAUUGAUCUCCAUUGCCACUUCUUCAAAUUCACUCUGCAACUCCAAAACCCUUAACGUCAUUUCCAUCUCCAAAAUCCACUUCAAAACCCCCAAAUUAUCUUUCAAUUUUAAAACCCAUCACUUGAAUUUCCACCCUCUGCUCCGAUCCUCUCUCCCAUCACCCAAGUCCUCCUUAUCCUAUGAAUCUAUUCAAGUCGACAAAAACCCAGAAUCAGAAACAUCAGCAAUUGGAGAAGAAUUAGAAAAAGCUGAUGAUGACGACGACGAUGAAGAAGAAGAAGAUGAUGAUGAAUAUGAAGAUGAAGAAGAAAGUGAACCCGAAUCUCCGGAAGCUGGGAGGCUUUACAUCGGAAACUUGCCGUACGCGAUUACUGCUUCAGAAUUGUCCCAAGUAUUCGGAGAAGCUGGCAAUGUCGUUUCUGUUGAGAUUGUUUACGAUAGGGUUACAGACAGGAGCAGGGGAUUUGCGUUUAUUACAAUGGCAAGUGUUCAAGAAGCUAAAGAAGCCAUUAGAAUGUUUAGUGGAUCUCAAAUUGGUGGGAGGACUGUGAAGGUAAACUUCCCAGAAGUGCCAAGGGGAGGUGAAAGGGAAGUUAUGGGGCCAAAGAUUAGAAGCAGUAACAGAAAUUUCAUCGAAAGCCCUCACAAGAUCUAUGCAGGUAAUCUUAGUUGGAUCAUAACUUCAGAGAAGCUUAAAGACGCUUUUGCGGACCACCCUGGUCUAUUGAGCGCAAAGGUCAUCUAUGAGAAACACUCGGGCAGGUCUCGAGGUUUUGGAUUUGUGACUUUUAGUUCCGUUGAGGCUGCAGAAUCUGCACUUAAUGCCAUGAAUGGAAAGGAGAUUGAGGGUCGGCCUUUGCGACUGAACUUGGCUGCAGAUGCGUCAAGGUCGGGGAGAAGUUCUGAGAUAAACGUCGAUGGGAAUGAGAUCCUUUCGAGCGUUAGCGCCUCCUGAUUAGGCAAAAACACACGAGGAAGUUAGAAUUUUGAGUCUUCGUUCGUAGGAAGUGAGAUGGAGAGAUCCUGACGUUUUGUACACAAGUUUUGUGCAAGAAAUCGGCGUUUGUAUGCGUUUCGUCGUGUAUUCAAGUGUAGUAUUUCAGUCGACUAACAAAUAAACGCUAGGUCUUGAGGUUCAUCUCUUAUAGUCAAAUCAGUAGUGUUAUACAGUGUUGUUUCUUAAUAAAAUGUUAUAUCUCGCUA